GGCGGAUCCCUCAUCCUCCGAAAACUCUCGGCAGAAAACCGCAUCACUUUCGUUUGAGUAGGAGACGCCGAUGGCGGCCGCUUCCAGCGAGUUCCCCGCCCUGUGCGCGCUGCUCUUCCUCUGCGUGCUCCUAGCCGAGUCCUCCGCCGAGGGGAGCACAGCAAACAGUUCGUGUGUGGACGGAACGUACGGCUACGGCGGAAGGUCAUGUUGUCUGUGUAGUGCCGGUCAUUACCUGAAGGAGCACUGCACUGCCAAUCUACAGCACGGGAAAUGCGAACACUGUCCUCCAAAUACGUACAGCAUUCAGCCUAACAGCCUGAGGUCCUGUGAGCUCUGCUCAUCCUGCUCACAACCCAAUGCCAAUCUGGAGGUGGAGGAAGCCUGUACCCCUGCUCGGGACGCUAAGUGCAGAUGUAAAAAGGAUCACUAUUGCAGCAGCGACGGCACAGAAAAGUGUAGAAUCUGCCACCCUUGCGAAGAGUGUCCGGAGGGCAUCAAAGUCGCCUGCACAGCCAACAAUAACACGGUCUGCGGCCAAACGGAAGGGGUAAAUAAAACCGGCAUAAUAAUUGGCCUUGUCUCAAUAGUCGUGAUUGGACUUCUUCUUGUAGGCUUUUUUAUGUUGAAACGCCACCUAGGGAAGAGAAAUGGGAACAUGGACGUAACAAGUGCUCCUGAUGUGGAGAUGCAGCCUCUCAAAGCUCCAGUUGUUGAUCUCCAACCUUACCUGCCUGACAUUGCACGAAUUAUUGGAUGGAACGAUGCGAAGGCUAUAGCAACACGCAGCGGCAUACAAAACGCUGUUAUUGAGUCUUGUCUACUCAACCAUCCUAAUGAUAGUCUGGAGCAGGCACUUGAACUACUAAAUAUCUGGGUGGAGAAGCAGGGAAAGGAAGCCUCGAAUAUCUUGGUCAAGAGCCUUCAGGACCUUGACAAAAGGGGCAAAGCAGAGAAGAUUAUAGAACUAUUGCCUUGAAGAUUCUACUUGAAUGUGUUGCUUGUGAUCGCUUCGUAAAUAUUUGCGCUGUUGUCUGUGUGAAUUAUUAUUAUUUUUUAAUUUGGUUGAGAACACUCUCUGGUCUGAACAUGAACUUUGUAAAAUCAUAAUUUAUUGUUUGAUUUUUAAAGACCACUGUGAUAUUCAGUUUUUAAAAAGAUACGGUCCUUGUCCUUUGGACGAUGCGCUUCUGAGGGUGUGGAAAGUUCCAUUGGGGGCCACAGCUUGUAUGCAUAUUUUACCUCAUUAAAUGUAUUUUUAAAGAACA